AUGGACGCCUACGCCGUGACACCGGUCUGUCUCAGGGUAGCUAAUGCAGUGGAUAACAUCUAUGGAUACAUACCAAUCUCCAAGGACGACUCCAACUAUCUCAAAGAAGAAUCUCGUCAGAAGUAUCUCAAGUUCGAUCGCUGUGCUUGCUCAAACUGUGAGCCCGAAGCGGCAGUUCAAAUACACGACUCAGCGCAUUUAUUCACAAAAGAGAAUUUUGAGGAUAUCUUGAGUGAUCCUAGUCGUUUUGCGGCAGACCUGCCUGCUUAUAUUAAACCUAAAAAGAAGAGACAUACCACAAAAAAAUACAAGAGCCGAUUCUCCAAAGCCGUUGUGAAGAAAAUUGCCGACGACCUGGUAGUCAAUUUUGAAUCCUUCUAUCACGAUCUGAUGGGUGAAAAGCCUGAACUCAAAGCGGCUCGAUUCUUUGGUGAAGCUAAGGCAAAGCUGGUUGCUGAGGCAUUUGAGGACAUACACGAACCCGGAUUGAUUGCAAGACUCAUUGGGGGGGAGUGGUUCGAAAAACAGCUUGAAACGAUGUUUGCUUUUGUUGAAUCAUACAAAAAAACCGAGUGGUUUGAACUGCAGGUGUUCGAGAUAGAAGAAGGAACACGACAAGCAGAGAAGGAGAAGAAAGAUAAAGAAGAGAAGAAGAAGAGCGAUGCAGAAGAAAAGAAAAGGACAAAUGAGAAGAAAGAAGCCGAGAAACUAGCGAAGCGAGCGGAAGAUGCGAUUGCCCUAGAAAACUUUAAGCUAGUCCGAGCUGCCGAAGCCGAAGAAAGGAGAGAAAGAGGCGAGGUCCCCGAAAGUUCAACUAGUUCUUUUACUCUACAACCAAAACCAAAGAGGAUCAGAUUGUCGCCUGAAGAGAGAAGAAAAAGAGACGAAAAGUCUCUAGCGGAGAAAGUCGCCAAGCGAGCAGAAGACGCAAUUGCAUUGGAAAGUUUCAAGCAAGCUCGAGCUGCUGAAGCUAAGAAGAAAGCAGAAGUGAAAGCACUUGCCUGA